GAUCAGGGUAUAGCUGGUCUCGGCGCUGGCGUAGCUUCAACUAUCGCUAUGCAACCUUUAGAUCUUAUCAAAGUCCGGCUCCAAGUAUCAGAAAGAUCGAAACAGAAGGACAUUUGGAAGAGUUUACUAAAGAAACAAGAGUGGAAGGGUAUGUGGAGAGGUCUAACAACGAAUAUCGUUGGUAAUUCCAUAAGCUGGGGUGGUUACUUUUGGCUAUACACGAAAGUGAAGAAUCGCUUGCACGAUCGACAUCCAAACCGUAAACUCUCAGCUGUUGAACACUUAUAUGCAGCCUCAGAAGCUGGCUCUAUUGUCGCAAUAACCACUAAUCCCCUUUGGUUAAUAAAGACACGGAUAUUCACGACUAAACGAAAUGAUAAAGACGCUUAUAGAGGUCUUAUACAUGGUAUGAUCGAUAUAGGCAAGAAAGAAGGCAUACCUGGUUACUGGAGAGGUACCCUACUUGCCUUAUUUGGCGUUCUACAGGGUGCCAUUCAAUUUGCAGUUUAUGAAGAACUUAAACUAUAUCGCGCUGAAUCAUCCGGAAAUGUAAAUGAGAAUCUCCCCUGGUUGGUAUGUCACAUCUCGAAUUGGGAAUACACAUUAAUGUCUGGUUUCUCAAAAUUGGUUGCUUUAGGUAUGACAUACCCUUAUCAGGUUGUUCGAAGUAGGAUACAGAAUGAAAAAGCGUACACAACGAUAAGACAAUGCGUUAUAUCUACGUUUAGAAGUGAUGGUUUACUGGCGUUUUAUCAAGGUGCUGGUAUCAAUGCCUUAAGGAUCCUCCCAGGAACCUGCGUUACAUUCGUCGUGUAA